UGAUUGCAUGAGUAAAGGGGUAGAUAACAUGAUGUAAGUGUUAGCGGUCAAUCUUUAUCCGCCUGAGCUUACUUGAAUCAUUUGUUCGAUGGUCUAUUGCCCGCUAUGCGUAUCAGGCUGUUGUCAGCAUCAUGGCGGAAGAAUGCGGCCUCGCCAAAAUCCUGCGCUGGAGGAAUUCGUGSCUCAUGAAGGUGCUGUUGCACGAAGUGUUGCAGGAGUCAAUGCCCCCAGAUCUGCGCGUCUUGCUGUUCYAAGGAAGGAACCUCGCUAGCUUUUUGCGCGACUUUCAUGAUUUUUGCCUUAUGAAGAAAURGAAUAAGAGGGCGAUGUGGUACAUGUUCCCCUUGUUUGUUUGUGAAGAGCUGAGCGAGGAAGUGUAUGCCCUUAAGCAGGAGGCGAAGACGUGGGAUGAGCUGGAGAGUUCCCUAAGGUUAAGAUUCCCUGAAGACGGAGUGGAGAGCCAACGUGGGGAAUGCUCUGUGCCGCCAAGUGCGGGCGCGCCAUCACAGGCAGAGUUGAGUGGGCUACAAAGACAAGUAGGGGCAUUGGAAGAGGGGUUAGCACGGCUGGAGGAGAUCAGGAAAGGCAAGCGGAAGAUUUCAGAAGACUCCCCAAGUAAGCCGACUGACCAGGGUGAAAGAGGAGUAGAGAAGGAUGAUYAAGAGCCACCCCUCUCGAUAGGGGCCCCAAAGAGGCGAGCCGGUGCUCAGGCGAGCGGCGGGGGCAAAGGACUCAUUGAAAUAAAGGAGGAGCAGGAUGCUAAUA